AUGGAUCAACCAGCCCUCAUUGCUCCCGAAGCGUCGGCCCGGGCCCCUCGUGUGCCUAUGAACGAGAAGCUUGACUCGAUUUGCGCGCUGAUGGAAAAAUUAAACUUGACCCCAAAGGAGUUUGUGGUUGCCUUCCUGGAGCGAAAACAUGAUAAUGUGGCCUUCAGACGUCGUUACUGGGGUACGGAAACCGGGUGGGACUCUACGAGAAGGUUGAUUGCAGCCAUAAAGGCCCAGGCUUGCUCUCACAUGGAAGGCCGGGGCCUCUGGGAAGAAUUGAUUUUGUCCGAGUCGAUGGAGAUAGCCAUGUUGCAAAAACCAAAAAGUGGACUGGCACCAGCAGGCGCUGAUCAUAAUUCGUCAACAUUGUCCGAAUCCUUCUUUUCCAUGGACGAGUUGGCCACACGCAAUGAGGCUCUGGUCAAUCGCAUGCCGUUCUUGUACAAGCUGCUCUGCUCCACACUGGAUGUGAACAAGAUUCAUGAGCGGGGCAACCCAACUGAAGCGACAGAUGGGAACCGCCCCGAGGAGGGAUCGGAUGAAGAGGACGAAGAUGACUCGUCGGAUGAAAUGGAGGAUUUGGACGGGUUAGUCCUCAGGAAGAGUCGCGACCCGGUGGCGAAAAGGGCAAAUCGGGUUCAUACUAUUGCUCGAACUAUCUGCGCGAUGGUUGCUUUUGGCCGGAACCGACGGCAUAAUGGGUUUCAACUGAGCAAUGCGGUUAUAUUCCUUGCGGCUGGGGUCACCGAGAGGGUCAGCAGCUACCUCAACUACAUUGGGGUCAGCUCGUCUCGCAGGACUGCACACGCAGCCCUCAAGUCACUUGGGCUUGAGGCCGAGGAGACCUUCCGGUCUAGGUAUCAGAUGGAUCAAUUGCCCUUGAUUGCGCCAUUGCUUUGCUACGACAACCUCGACUUUCAAGAAAAAGUACACAUGAAAUCAAUUGGGCAUACGAGCCAGAUGUUUCAUGGGACCUGGGGUUAUAUCCAUUCAAUACCCCAAAGCGUUUUGCCACGACUCAACCCAGAUGAACUCAGCCGAGACGCGUUGAACAAGGCGUUGCACAUUGGCUCUAAACUCACUAUCCAACCAGAGAUGUUUACUCCAACGAUCGAAAGUACCGACCACUGGCAGAAGACGAUGAAAUCUCAGAUCACUCGGGUGAUAUUGCAGUAUCUUGAGAAGCCAGUGGACUGUUGA